UAUGCAUUUUUUUAUUCUGCUGAAUGUUGGUAACCAGACAGUCAGUGGUAACCACUGACUUCCUUUCUUUUUUUGGAUGAACUAUAUCCAUUUAAGCUGGUUUCAAUUAAGUACAAAUUAAUAUUUUUACAUACAGCAUUAGAUACAUUCCUGAAGAAUGAACAAUCAUAUUUAAUAUUUUUACUAAACAAUACUUUUCUUUAUUCUUCAUAAACCAAAGUGACUGGACAUGUUGAGUCAAAUGAUCCAUAUAUAUUUGAUUCAUAAUCAACUUUUUAUUGUACUUUUAAAGCAAGAAAGAGGUUUACAGACCUGCAGAAUUCAGCUUUAACCCUGAUUAAACACAGCUGAACCAGCUAAUCAACCUGAAAAUGCUACUCAUAUUUCCAAACCUAAUAUUGUACCCUGUUUUCCUUUUAAGUGGUCACCUAGGUUUCAUCUAUUUAGGUAUUUCUAUAUCUUUAUCUUUGAAGCAGAUAUAUGAAUCUAAUUUUGUUCCUUUAUUUGAUUAAAUGCAGCAGGAUUUAGAACGUUGGAAUUCCUUUCCAGUAUCCUGGGGUGCGUUUCCCGAAAGCAUCGUUGGUGAACUAUGGUCGUAAGUCCCAUUGAACUCUAUUGGUAACGACGGAACUUACGACCAUAGUUCGCUUUGGGAAACGCACCCCUGGUUAGGUCGGAUAGCACUUGUUAAGAUGAUUGUGUUACUCAAAUUAUUAUAUCCUAUUUGAAUGGUUCCUAUACUAUUCUCAAAUAGGGUAAAGGGCCUGAAUAGCUGGUUGACUUCCUUUAUAUGGAGUAAACGCAAGCCGGUUAAAAAUGUCAGUACUCUAUCUGCCAAGUUUGGGGGGGUUGGAUUUUCCGAAUAUUAAGAUGUAUCAGCUAAGUUCUCACCUGAAAUACAUUGCAGAGUGGAUUAAUAAUGAUUCUUCCUCAACUUGGUUAGAUAUUGAAUCAUCAUUUUUCACAAUUUCAUUUAAGAGCUCUUCUUUUUGUUAAGAGCUUUCAUAAAAUAAAAGAUAAUUAAUAAUACUCUGAAAGCAUGGAGAUCAGUCUGUAGACUUGAAGGUAGGUAUAAAUUGACUUCUUUUUUUUUACCCCAAUAUUAAACAAUCCUGAUUUCACUCCAGGAAUUUUGGAUGAUGGUUUUAAAUGCUGGUGUAGUUUAGGACUUACUAGUCUUGGGGAUAUGUUUUCGGACAGUAAGUUAAUGUCAUUUGAGGAGUUAACUCAGAAGUAUCAGUUGUUCAAACACAUUUUAUUUAAUUUCCUCCAAUUAAGACAUUAUAUUACUAAUAGCACAACACUUGUUAGGAAUUGUGAAAUGUCUUCUACUGAGAGACUUAUUAUUUUUAUCAUCUGGAAAAAUGUCUCUGGUUAGGUUUUAUGGUUCUAUGUGUUCAGUUUUUCCUGUUGAUGCACAUAGAAUCAAAUAUAAAUGGGAAGAAGAGUUAGAUCCAACAGCACAAAAACAGGAAGUCGAAAUCUCUGCAAUUUAUUUUUAUAUUUUUGUGUUUAGUUUUUGAAUAGAAAGGACUGACAUAAAACAGGAACUUGAGGGGUUUAAAACUGUGUUUUACAUAUUACAUAUGUCACUUUUCACUGGAUACAUUUGUGCAAAAUCAUAAUAAUGAAGAUUUUCUGGUUUUACAGGUCUUGCAGCUCAGCUACGAACAGAACAACAGCAGACAAUGGUAUAAAACAUUGGUUCAGAAAUGUAUUUAAUCUAAAAACAUUGACACACCAGCUUAUUUGAUGUUUUUUUUAUGAUUAUAAUAUUUCAUUAUGAAUGUGUCUGAUAAUCUCACACAGGCUGACAAUCUGCGUCAGAGGAGGAAUAAUGCAGUAGUGCCACUGCAGAACAUUGGCAACAUAAACAUUGUCCUUCUGGGGAAAACUGGAGUUGGGAAAAGUUCCUCAGGAAACACCAUCCUGGGAGAGAACAAAUUCACAUGUGGACGAAGUCUGUCUCCUAUAACAAAUAUAUCUAGUGUUGAGAAAUCAGAGAUUAAUGGCAGAUCUGUGUCUGUCGUCGACACUCCUGGGUUUUUUUGUACUAAUCUUUCAAAAGAUCAGCUCUCAGAGGAGUUUGCGAGAAGUGUGUUUCUGUCUGCUCCAGGAGUUCAUGCGUUUUUAUUUGUUGUACCGUUCGGCAGGUUCACAGAGCAGGAGGAAGAGAUUCUGAAACAAGUGCAGAAGGUUUUUGGCAAAAAAGUGCUGAAGCAUGUUAUUAUUCUCUUCACAUAUGGAGAUGAAUGUGACCGAGAGAAUAUGCAGGCAGAGAUUGAGGGUAAUGAUGUUGUCAGCAGAGUCGUAGAGAAAUGUCAGAAUUAUCAUGUGAUCAACAACAGAGAUCUGACUGACAGACAGCAGGUCAAUGAUCUACUGCUGAAUAUUUACAAGAUGAUAGAGCGGAACGGGUACUACACCAAUGAGAUGUACGAAUUGGCACAAAAAAUGAUCACAUGGGAAAAAUUCUGUGAAUUUGUUCAGGAUGUUUGUGAUGCUAUAGUUGCAUUUUUCCUGAACCUGCGUAACAGAUUUGAUAAUACUUUGAUACAAAGACUGGCACGAUAUUCAAGACUUUAUGCAUAAUCAAAAAUGUAUUAAUUGCUUUAGAUUUAUUCCAUAAAACCUGUGGGAAAGCCUGCUCUGUUCAUGAGGGGAAAUUAUGUAU